AUCCCGUCGCGCCGGAAAAGGCAGAGCAGCGGAAAAAAGGAGGCGUUUCCCUCCAACAGCACCAUCAGCUGCAAAUUUAUGCAAAACAGUGAAAGCACCACCACCACCCCCACCUCCACUUCCACCACCUCCACCUCCGCCUCCACUGCUGCUGCAGCCGUCCUGCGAAGCGAAAGAAAGGAGCACCGUCAAGAAACUCCAGAGACCGGUGAGCCGCUUGCAGGGCUUCGGCAGCGGGCAGCCGGUGCAGGAGCAGGCUGAGAAAGCCUGACCGGUCACGCAGCCAUGGAGACGGAUGGAGAGCAGAGCCAGCAGGCGGCUUCGACCAAUGGGAGCGCUGCAUCUGGGACGAGCUCCCGCCCCUCUCCAAUUAAUUCUAUGUCUCUGUAUGAAAGACAGGCGGUGCAGGCCCUGCAGGCGUUACAGAGGCAGCCGAAUGCAGCGCAGUACUUCCAGCAGCUGAUGCUGCAGCAGCAGAUCAACAACGCCCAGCUGCAGAACCUGGCAGCCGUGCAGCAGGUAAAGGCGACUCUGGCUGCCAGCCGUCAGUCGAGUCCUUCGAGCAGCAGCUCUUCUCAGACCACCAGCACCACCGCUGCCAUCGUAACAUCUGGAUCCACAACCAGCAGCCGUCCCAUGGGUGCCCCGGCAACAUCCACAAUCAGCCAAUCGGUGCUGCUGAGUGGGACGGCGGGGGGACAGGGACAAAUGUACCUGAGGGUCAACCGCUCCCUGAGGGCCCCCAUCUCCUCACAGCUCAUCUUUAUGCCCGGCAACACAGCAACUGCUGCCGUAGCAACCGUCACCCAGCAGGCUCAGCAACAGCAAGCGGAAGUGACACCGACUUCCUCUUCCAGCGGCCAAUCAGAUAAUGACCAGGUACAGAAUCUAGCCAUGCGAGGUAUGUCCAGUCCCAAAGGUGUUGGUGUGAAGACUGAAGCCCCAGAGAGGAGUGACUCAGCUGCUUUCUCCCUGGUCCAACCCUCCCACCAGUUAAACUCCCAGUCCCCCACUAAGCCAAGUCAUCCACAGCACCAGCCGCCCCACAUCAAAAUCCCCACGUACCCUCAGCCCACCAACCUCAAAGCUCACCCUUCCUCCUCCGGUGCCUCGUCCUCCAUCCCCCUCUCCCAGCUCCUGCUUCACGGAACCCGGACUCUCACCACAGGAACCACAGCUCCCACAGCAGCACACACUCUGGUCCUAGCGUCCAGCGCGGCGUCUCAGGCCCACGGGUAUCCCGUUGGCACGGCGACCAUCAAACCAGCGGUCAAUGCUCAGACCCUGGUGGUGCAGCCUCUGCAGAAGACCUCGCUCGGUGCAGAGAAAUCCGGCCACGGCAAUGGACCGAUCCCCAUCCAACCCAAACUGCAGGGGCUACGCCUGCCCCUCCACCUGCCUUCUAGGAACCCCCCUCCCAUCCUGCCUGCCCCACCGCCCGUCAGCAGCUCCGCUCAGCCCCCCCAGCCGCCGCACAUCCCUGUUCAGAUUGUGGGUGCGAGGCAGAGCACGCUGGGAAACACCCAGGCUCUGGCUCUGGCCCGGGGCAGCUGCUGCCAGGACGGCGCCGCGGUCCUCAGCAGCUCGUCCAGCCUGCUCACCAUGGUGGCGUCCAUCGCCUCCAGGGAGGGCGGGGUCGUGGGCCGAGGGGUGGGACUAAAGCCGCUUCAGUCGCCCCAGGAGGGUCCCCCAUUGGCUCAGGUCUCACAGGUGCAUCCGCAGGCCAAUCAAAGCUCUAGACAGGGUCAGAAUGGACCGCUGGCUUCGAGCCCCGCCUCCACCCAGGCCCCCUCUGUUUCCUCUCCUCCUCCCUCGAUGUCUCACUCCUCCCUCUCCCUCCCCCUGGUGACCGAAGAGCAGAGAGGAGCAUCCGCUGGCGUGACCACCAAUGGAGACUCAUCGGGAAGUCAGACACCACAGGGUAAGCAGUUGUCCGGGUCACUAAAAAGAAAAUCAGACUCCAAUUCAGCGAAUGAUGAAGAUGGCCCCUCCCCUCCACGGCUCCAGCCAGUCAGAGAUCAUGCUUCAACACUCCCGACCAAUCCCAUCAAAGCAGGCUCUGGUGCUCCUCCUCCUGCCUCCACCUCUCCCUCCCCACUGCUGUCAGUGUCCCGUGGGGUCUGCCGGGAGGAGAGAGCUCCCCCCCCCCAAGCUGUGGUUAAACCCAACGUCCUCACACACCUCAUUGAGGGCUUUGUCAUCCAGGAAGGGGCAGAGCCUUUCCCUGUAUGUGGUUCAGUAAAGGACUCGGCUGGUGAGGAUUUAACUAAUGACAGUCCAGACACUAACCAAUCAGAGACUGUUACAACAGCCACAGUGCUGAAGUGUGAGUACUGUAAAAACUUUGCUCCUGCCAGCCAGUUCAGGGGCACCAAACGGUUCUGCUCCAUGUCUUGUGCCAAGAGUAUGUAUUGGUUCCCCAGGUACAACGUCAGCUUCAGGCAGCACUUCUGCGUGCGGCAGGCGCAAGAUCCCACUCCGGAUCAAGGCCAAGGCCACCUCUCCAACUCAGACGAAGAGGGAGGGAUUGCCAGGCGAAGGGUCCCCCGAAGGACUAGCUCAGAAAUAGCAAGUGCUAAGAUAGCAGGGAGACCCAUACCUGUAAAGUGUCGUUCAGAGUCCAGCCACUCAGAUGAGGAGUCUAGUGGAGAGGAGGAUGAAGAUGACCCCCUGUCCCUCUCGCCCGCCUCCUCCACCUCUUGCCACCAGCCGCCUCCUCCGCUCCCGACGGACGCUUCUGCACCCAGCGGCCUGCCGGCUAGCCCCGCCCAGUGGAGUGUGGAGGACGUGUCGCAGUUUAUUUCCUCACUACAAGGCUGCGAGGAUCUCACCUCCCAGUUCCUGUCGCAGGAGAUUGACGGACAGGCGCUGCUGCUGCUGAAGGAGGAGCAUCUCAUGUCCACCAUGAACAUCAAGCUAGGUCCCGCCCUCAAGAUCUGCGCCCACAUCAACACCCUGAGAGACUGAUGUCAGUAUUUCUAUAAACCCACCAUGUUCAAAGUGAAGACCUGGGAAUCUACCCAAACUCCUGUUCUGCACCAGGUUCAGAUGUGAAACUGGUUCCAGAGCAGCCAGAGUCCUGCUGGGGGAUGUAUAAGGUACAGUUAAUUUUACAAAAACCAAGCCAAGGCUUUUUAGCUCUCCGUAGGGCUGUAGCACUUGAAUCUGUUGUUGAUUUCUCCACUCUGGAGCACAUUUUCAGAGGUCCUACUUGCACAGGAGUGUGUUGUUAAUUAUUUCAUUACCAACUAUGUUUUGGUGAAGAUACAUGUUCCCUAGAAUGUUAUUUCUGUGCAAGACCAGUACUUGCAGUUGGAAAUAGUUUUUACCAAGUGGUUUCAUUUUGCUGUUUAGUUGCACAACUUCAGUCUCACGCCUGCAUUGUGAAAGGCAGAAAUGAAGGUUCUGAGUGUAUUUUUAAUGCUGAAGUCAUUUGUAUUGUUGAUCAGUAAAUAAACAAAAAGUUAGGUCCAUAGUACUUGCACAAUAUUCCCACAUGUUAUGUACAACUACAAAUACUGGGCUGCUCUUUCCACAGACCUCAACCUAGGCAGUGCUAAUCCUAUUCCAGUUUGUUUUUUUUGUUAUAUUUGAUAUUUCUGCUGAAGUUCAACCAAACCUUGAACAAACUGCAGUUCAUUCAUUGUAUAUUGUACAGGAAAAGUAUUUUUUGACAGCUUUGCCCACUUUAAAAUACAUUCAUGAUUCUUUUUUCAUGUUUUUGAGAACAAUGUUGGUUCUAGGCAAACACAUGGGAUUUGGAUUACUGCUUUUCUUAUUUAAGGCACAAUCAGCAGAACAUUAGAACACAAAUGGAGUAAAAGACACCAAAUUGAAUUCAAAUCCACCCAAAACUAAUGUGUCAGCCAAAAGCUCAAAGACUAGUAUUUUAUAAGGGAAGCACUCCGAUGAUUUAUAACUUUGUUAUUUAUGUCAAAACUGUUACUUUAAGUCAUUUUGUAAAAAAGAAAAAGGCUUCAUCAUUUUUAAAUGGUGGCACUUUUAUAUUGGAAGUGGCCUAUUCUACAGCUGACAGGGUACAGUUAAAGUACAGGGUACAGGCCGCAAACAUGGCGGACCAGAGUCCAAAUAAAACCCACAUCCGUCAAGGUUCAGAGAGCAAUUAAUAUAUUAAAGUGAGGCAUAAAAAUAUUGCAAAAUACUCAUGUUGCAUACUGUUUUCUCACAUCCCUACCCUACUUUUUACACACGGUGCACAUCGACAUUUGAUAAAACACUACUGUUUUCACAUUAAGAGUUUUUCACUCAGUAUCUUUAGCAGAUUCUGUCUUUUUAUGUAUUUUAAACAGAGGACUUUUUGUUGACUCUACUCUUUAAAAAGGACUGUAAUUUACAGAAUCUGUUACUAUUUUGUUCUGUCAGGCAGUUUCAAGAUCACAUAUCUUCAAAUGGUCUAACCAGAUGUGUGUAAGCCCAGGGUAACAUCACAGGCGUAACUUUGUGAGGUGAUAUACAGUUGUUUUUUGAAAUGUUAAAAACCGAUGAAGAUUGAAAGUAAGCAGCAAAUGUCAGCUGUUAAUUUGAAGUAUUGUUAGGCUACAUUUAUCAACAAAGCCAGAAGGUUUGUAAAGAAAAAAUAGGCUGGUAGCCACAUGUGGACCUACGCUUAGAUGGAUAAAAACCAUAAUCCUACUGGAAUGAAUGAGUGUGUGAUUGAGAUGAACUUAAACUAUACUGUAAUAAGUGUACAAUUUGCCUUUUAUAUUUAAAUGCACAUUUGUUUGCUGGACUGCCUUGUUUCAGCUCUUUACUGUAGGAGUUUUCUCAUGUUAUCUCUGUGAACCUUGUGGCCUUUCUCGCUAGUCUCUACCUAUACCUACCUACACCUAUAGAUGAAGAUUGUCUGUUUUUUUUAACUGCUUUUCAUAUCAUUCCUUGUUUAAUAUUAGUGCUUACUUUUUUACUAUUUGUUAUUUCAAGCAAUGACAUCUGAUGCCUUUUCCAAAAAAAAAAAGCGUGACUGAAUUGUAGCUACCUUGAUCGAGGAAAUUCGCUGUUUUCCUUAACUUUGUCACAUAGCGUGUAACUACCAACAGUAUUUACCUUUUCUAGCUAGCUAUCUUUGGCUUUAUUGUUAGUGGCUGUGGCUAGUCCAGUAUUUUCUUUCGGAAAGGAGAAUAGUCUUUGAUAGCUGUGUUUCAAUCUGCAGAUCCCUCGGCAUAUUGUGAAGACCAAAUAAAUA